AUGAGCGCUAAGAACUCGCAGGAGAAGGAGCCCGCCGCGUUUGAGGACAAGCCCAAGAGCCCGUCCGACGCGGAGGAGGAGAACGUCCCGCAGAAGCCGCAGCGCCGCCAGUCCGUGCUGUCCAAGGCGAUCAGCGAGCACGAAGAGGACGCGACGGGCCCGGCCGGGGACCUGCUGCCGCCGUCGAAGGGGCUGACGUCGGAGGAGGCGGAGGAGCUGCUGGAGAAGUACGGCCGCAACGAGCUGCCGGAGAAGAAGACGCCGAGCUGGGUGAUUUACGUGCGUGGUCUGUGGGGCCCGAUGCCUGCUGCGCUGUGGGUGGCCAUCAUCAUCGAGUUUGCGCUGGAGAACUGGCCCGACGGUGCCAUUCUGUUCGCCAUCCAGAUCGCCAACGCGACGAUCGGCUGGUUCGAGACGAUCAAGGCCGGCGAUGCGGUGGCUGCGCUGAAGAACUCGCUGAAGCCUGUGGCGACUGCGUACCGCGACGGGAAGUGGCAGCAGAUCGACGCGGCGGUGCUGGUGCCCGGCGACCUUGUGAAGCUGGCCGCCGGCUCCGCGGUGCCGGCCGACUGCAGCAUCAACGAGGGCAUCAUCGACGUGGACGAGGCCGCGCUGACGGGCGAGUCGCUGCCCGUGACGAUGGGUCCGGAGCACAUGCCGAAGAUGGGUUCGAACGUUGUGCGCGGCGAGGUGGAGGGCACGGUGCAGCUGACGGGCGCGCUGACGUUCUUCGGCAAGACGGCGGCGCUGCUGCAGUCUGUGCAGUCGGACCUCGGCAACAUCCACGUGAUUCUCGGCCGCGUGAUGAUCUCGCUGUGCGCGAUUUCGUUCGUGCUGUGCAUGUGCUGCUUCAUCUACCUGCUGGCGAAGUUCUACGAGACGUUCCGCCGCUCGCUGCAGUUCGCCGUGGUGGUGCUUGUGGUGUCCAUCCCGAUCGCGCUGGAGAUCGUGGUGACGACGACGCUCGCCGUCGGCUCGACGCACCUGUCGAAGCACAAGAUCAUCGUGACGAAGCUGUCCGCAAUUGAGAUGAUGUCCGGCGUGAACAUGCUGUGCUCCGACAAGACCGGCACGCUGACGCUGAACAAGAUGGAGAUCCAGGACCAGUGCUUCACCUUCGAGGAGGGCAACGACCUGCACACGACGCUGGUGCUUGCCGCGCUCGCCGCGAAGUGGCGCGAGCCGCCGCGCGAUGCGCUGGACACGAUGGUGCUGGGUGCCGCGAACCUUGACGAGUGCGACAACUACAAGCAGCUGGAGUUCGUUCCGUUCGACCCGACGACGAAGCGCACGGCGGCCACGCUGGUGGACAAUCGCACGGGCGAGAAGUUCAACGUGACGAAGGGUGCGCCGCAUGUGAUUCUGCAGAUGGUGUACAACCAGGACGAGAUCAACGACCAGGUGGUGGACAUCAUCGAUAGCCUUGCGUCGCGCGGUAUCCGCUGCCUUGCCGUGGCGAAGACGGACCAGGAGGGCCGCUGGCACAUGGCCGGCAUCCUGACCUUCCUGGACCCGCCGCGCCCGGACACGAAGGAGACGAUUCGCCGCAGCAAGGAGUACGGCGUGGACGUGAAGAUGAUCACGGGCGACCACGUGCUGAUCGCGAAGGAGAUGUGCCGCAUGCUGAACCUCGACCCGAACAUUCUGACGGCGGACAAGCUGCCGAAGGUGAAGGACGCGAACGACCUGCCGGACGACCUCGGCGAGAAGUACGGCGACAUGAUGCUUUCCGUGGGCGGGUUCGCGCAGGUGUUCCCGGAGCACAAGUUCAUGAUUGUGGAGGCGCUGCGCCAGCGCGGCUUCACGUGCGCGAUGACGGGCGACGGCGUGAACGACGCACCUGCGCUGAAGCGUGCGGACGUGGGCAUCGCGGUGCACGGUGCGACGGACGCUGCGCGCGCUGCGGCGGACAUGGUGCUGACGGAGCCCGGCCUGAGCGUUGUGGUGGAGGCGAUGCUGGUGUCGCGCGAGGUGUUCCAGCGCAUGCUCUCCUUCCUGACCUACCGUAUCUCCGCCACGCUGCAGCUGGUGUGCUUCUUCUUCAUUGCGUGCUUCAGCCUGACGCCGAAGGACUACGGCAGCACGGACCCCGAGUUCCAGUUCUUCCACCUGCCGGUGCUGAUGUUCAUGCUGAUCACGCUGCUGAACGACGGCUGCCUGAUGACGAUCGGCUACGACCACGUGGUGCCGUCGGAGCGUCCGCAGAAGUGGAACCUGCCGGUUGUGUUCGUGAGCGCGUCGAUUCUGUCUGCUGUGGCGUGCGGCUCGUCGCUGAUGCUGCUCUGGGUUGGCCUGGAGGGCUACAGCCCGGACUUCUACUACGACUCGUGGUUCCGCCACAUGGGUCUUGCGCAGCUGCCGCAGGGUAAGCUUGUGACGCUGAUGUACCUGAAGAUCUCGAUUUCCGACUUCCUGACGCUGUUCUCGUCGCGCACGGGCGGCAACUUCUUCUUCUACAUGACGCCGAGCCCGAUUCUGUUCUGCGGCGCGAUCAUCUCGCUGCUUGUGUCGACGAUGGCUGCUGCCUUCUGGCACAAGACGCGGCCGGAUGAGGUGCUGACGGAGGGUCUCGCGUGGGGUGACACCAACGCGGAGAAGCUGCUGCCGCUGUGGGUGUGGAUCUACUGCAUCGUGUGGUGGCUGGUGCAGGACAUCGUGAAGGUGAUUGCGCACAUCUUCAUGGACUGGAUCGACCUCUUCGGCUGCGUGUCGGACACGGCGGGCUCUGGUCCGAUCAAGCCGUACGACGACGGCGUGGACGCGGCGGAGGCGGAGAAGGCGGGCGCGAAGAAGGACGUGCCGCCGACGCAGCAGCACGGCACCGCGCCGGAGAAGGCUGCGCCGGAGAAGGCUGGUAGUGAAGACAGCUCACCGGUGAACGCGCUGGCGAACCUGAACGUGGAGGAGGGCUCCGAAUCUGCGGAUAAUGCUAGCCCGGUCGACGUCUACUCACCACCGCGCACCCCCAACGAAUAA